AAACCAAAUCAAAUUGACAAGUACAAGUUUCACGCAAGUUCUACGUUUGCGUGUUUAUUUUAAAAUUACUUAAAUAAAGUCUAUUUGGAUCUUGAUACAAAUUUUAAAUACUCUGUAUUCACUGUGAAACAAACCUUCAAUGAGAAGCUGAUAUUCAAGUGUGUUGACCUUGGACUAGCAAAAUGUGCGAAUCGAAGGUUUCAUUGAUGCCGGUUGGUGUUCGUGGUAUGCGUAUUUUGGACCGCGAAAAAUUCGUACAAAAAGUGCAUGUGCCAGUGAUUGUGGUGACUGAAGACAAGAUUGCGAAAACUAGCAAAAUAUUGAAGAAUUACUUUUUCAAAUUAGAAAACUUUAAGCCAGUUCAAGACUACGUAAGUGACGACUGUAUUAAGAAAAAGAAAAUUUUUUGCCAUCCAGAAAAAAUUACCCAAUGGACAGACAUAUCCGAGUCAGAUAGAACUGCUCUUAAGCUAAACGAAGUAAGUGAAGAAAAUUUGUUUUUCGAGGAUCUUCAGCUCACUUACGACAAUUUGAAGAUCGAUAUAGUUUUUAAGGCAGUGCUCCCUGAAAAUGAAGAAAUAGUCAGUAGUUUUUCUCAAAUCGGUCAUAUCAUACACCUGAAUUUAAAAGAUCACCUGCUUGACUAUCGGCAGCUGAUAGGUCAAGUUCUUCUAGACAAAAUCAAGACAUGCAGGACAGUUGUAAACAAAAGCAACAUAAUAGACAAUACAUAUCGCAAUUUCAAGAUGGAGGUGAUUGCGGGAGAAGAGAACUUCCUGGUAACAGUAAAAGAGAAUAGGUGUCAAUUUCAGUUUGACUUCUCCAAGGUGUAUUGGAACCCUAGGUUGGGUAAGGAGCAUGAAAGGAUCUUAUCAUUUCUAAAACCAAAUGAUGUUCUAUUUGAUGUAUUUUGUGGGGUGGGCCCAUUCUCCAUACCAGCAGCAAAGCGAAGUACAAUUGUGUUCGCAAAUGACUUAAAUCCUGACUCUUACAAGUGGCUGGAACAUAAUGCAACACAAAAUAAAAUUGACAAAUCACUCAUUACAAUGUACAAUCUAGAUGGCAAAGAUUUUAUUUGUGAUAUCUUCAAACAAUACAUCAUUGACUUAUGUAAUGGUACACACAAACUAGAAAGCAAAGCGAAAAUCCAUAUAACCAUGAAUUUACCAGCAUUAGCUGUUGAAUUUCUCAAAUAUUUCAACGGUUUGAUUGAUAAACAAUUGUGUGAAAACAUACCCAAGGAUAUAACAGUGUAUGUUUAUUGUUUUGCUAUCGGUGAAGAUCCAGUGUCUGUAGCUAAGGAAAUGGUUUUAACAAACAUUGGUAUGGAUAUAUCAGAGAAUGUAAUUGAUGUGUUUAAGGUAAGAAAUGUUUCACCAAAGAAGGAAAUGAUGAGAGUGACAUUUAAUCUCACCAAAGAAGUGCUAUGUAAAAGGGUUUUAGUGGAAAGUGAUGAGCCACCAGUGAAAAAAGUAUGUGUUUAAUAUUUCGUCUUAAUGUUUUGUUGGAUUUUAUCCUGAUAUGUUUAAACAUUUAAUAAUCUGCUAGUGCAGUUUCUUUUUUAAUAAGAAAAAUUGAGUGAUGAAAUUUACGAACAAUACAAAAGUGAAGCAAGUUUAUAGUUUAUUAAACUUAUAGGUAAUGGAAAAUAAAAUAAAAUUUUGAAU